AUGACUAUUGGAACUUUUUUAUUCUUAAUAACAGAUGUGGAAUUAACAAUAUAAAACUCUGACUUUCUUAAUGGUUAUGGUUAAAUUGGAGGAGCAAUUUACUUAUCAGGUUUUAGUAAUUUAAAAGUAUUUAAAAGCAGUUUUAAAAAUAAUCAAGCAUUUACAAAUGGAGGGGCUAUUUAUGCUGUAGGAUUUUAAAGUAUCAUCUUGGAACAGUGUGAUUUUCUAUAGAAUCGUGCCUAAGAUGGAGGAGAUGAUAUAUACGCUUCGAAUACAGAUAAAAAUCUAACUCUUUAAUCUGUGAGUAUAGUGAACAAAUUGGCAAGAAAUUCAAUAUAUGCUGAACAAUGUGGUGUUUAAAUAAUUGACAGCUAAAUAAAAGAAAUAAAUAAUAUACAAAGUACUCAAGGUGCGGGAUUGCAAUGUUUUAAUUGUAGAAAUAUCUACAUUUCAUAAAGUUUAUUCUCUAGUUUAUUCAGCUAAAUUGGUUCUGCAAUUUACAUCGAGGAAAAUGAAGGCAAUAAAUUAGUAUCUGACUCUUUGGAAAAAUAUAAAAUUUAAAAUUCAAAGUUUCAAAAUUGUGUAGCAAACGUUGCUGGUGGUGUUUUCUUUCUAAAUAAUAUUUAGUAUAUGUCGAUUCAAAACUCUACAUUUUAAGACAAUAAAGCACUCUAUCAAUCAACUUAUUCCAAAUAAGAAAUCGCAGGAGCAGGAGGAGCAAUAUAUUUUACCUGCGAUGAGACUUAUCUAAAUUGCUAGUUAACUUUGUCAAGAUAAAAUAAAUUUACAAACAAUUUAGCUGAAAUUAAAGGUGGAGCUAUUUUUUGGGAUGCUGUUGAGCCUUAAUUUUCAGACAUUAUUUUUUCUAAAAAUAAAGCACUUUAUUAUGGUGAUAAUAUUGCCUGCUUUUCCUAGAAUCUUAUAGUUAUUAACUAGACUUACUACAACUUUAAAUUAUUGGAUCUUGGAAUUUUAAAAAAUGAUGAUCAAAUAUUUGCUGAAAUCUAACUAAAAAUGAAAAAAUGUUAAUGA